AUGCUUCAGAUAUGUUACGAUAUGAAAGCGGCAAUACUUUACGUGACAAUUAUUGAGGCCCACAAUCUCCAAAAGCUAACCGGUGGCCAAUCGCCCGACCCUUUCGUUAAAUGCUAUUUAUUGCCGCCAAGAAUUGUUGACAAUCAGCGGAGAACCCGGUAUUUCUAUCGGUGUCUAAACCCAAAGUGGAAGCAAACAAUGGUUUAUCCCAACAUUAAAUUGGAUGACUUUAAGCGCAAAUAUUUGGAAUUAAGUGUUUGGAGUUUCUCUAUUUAUACGCCCCAUAUAUUUCUCGGUCAAGUUGUCAUUGAUUUAUCCGGCGUGGGUAAUGAGUUGGAGCUGAAGACAAAUGGUCAUAAAUAUGCCCAAAACAGCACCAGUGGUGGCAAAUCAGUGGUUCGCAGGGAUGGCAUCGAUCCGGAGAAGUGGCCGUUGGAGGACGUGAUGACCACAACCGCGUCGUCGGUGGCGAUGCCGUCUGUGGUCAGGCGUCCAAUCAUUGCCACUUCCACCAGAAAUAAAUUGACAGUAUUGGGCGAGCGUUUGAUGAACCGCCAGAAUGAGCGGCGAAGAUCCGGCUCUUCAACUGAAUCCAGUCGUAGCGUGGGUAAUGAGUUGGAGCUGAAGACAAAUGGUCAUAAAUAUGCCCAAAACAGCACCAGUGGUGGCAAAUCAGUGGUUCGCAGGGAUGGCAUCGAUCCGGAGAAGUGGCCGUUGGAGGACGUGAUGACCACAACCGCGUCGUCGGUGGCGAUGCCGUCUGUGGUCAGGCGUCCAAUCAUUGCCACUUCCACCAGAAAUAAAUUGACAGUAUUGGGCGAGCGUUUGAUGAACCGCCAGAAUGAGCGGCGAAGAUCCGGCUCUUCAACUGAAUCCAGUCGUAUUACAAAUAUGAGUCAAUUGAGUCAACAUUAUGGUGAAGAUCGGUCUCGUGAGCGGCCAAUUCCCUCGGCAGCCGUCGGCCUCUCCACACACCCACUGUUGGCCAGCAUUGGGGGUCAGGGGUCGGCCGCACCGCCCUAUUGCAAGCUUCUCUAGUCUCUCUCAAAUUGUUUGAAAUGUUUGCAUCAUUUUUGCCUCUUUUUCUUAAAAAUUGUUAUUUUUUGCUUAAAUAUUGUCAUUUUCUCUCUCAUCUCUAUUGUGUAAACGCCAUACAAAUCAAUAUAAACUAAAUCUAAAUAACGAUUACACCGAAAA